AGCAAGUUGAGAAAGCAUUCGCCAUAUCCUGUCUGAGUUUGUACACUGCUCGAUGUAGCAACAUCGAUGAACACUGGUAAAGCUGAAAGAGAGAAAGGAAGAGUGAAGGACCGGUGCCCGUGAGAUGCCUUUGUUGCGGGUCAGAUGGACACACAAAAGGGUACUUCUUGGUCACAUCGUGUGGUCAGCGGUUUCCCGGGCUUUAGCUUGUUCUUGUGGGAAGCUGCGCAGACGAGACAACGGCGCAAAGUCGACAUGUGAGCGAGUGUCAAGGGCUACUCCAUUUGGCCGUUAUCGAUGGACCCACAGUCGCCUUCGAGACGAAGGUCAGGAGGAGAAUCGUCGAUAUUGCCUAGGUUGGGCCUAUCCAGAGGGUAGGCACCGAAGGCCGCGGAAUUUGGCGAGAUAGCGCGAGUGUCACCGGCGCCACCACCCGAAAACCGAGGAGCGUGAUAGACCAAGUAAGCAGGAGAACAAGAUGUUCAGAGAACCACC